AUGAUGCGCCCGGGAGUGCCCCUCAUUUCUUCCACCUCUCGUCUGCGCAAGCUACUGGUCCUGCUGACAGUGGUCUUGUGUGAGUAUCACUUCAAAUUUCUUGGAAUCUGAUCCGAUUUCCAGACGUCAUUUUCAUUUUCGACAUCCCUCUUCCUAUUUUCUUCAGCCGAGAAGAAGUUCUAACGUCAAAUGACAAGAAAAAGUUGGCAGAAAAAUCAACGGAACCUUACAACGACUACCCAACACAAUAUGUCCAAUUUCGAAACCUCUCCGUCCCCUACCACGUUUUGAUUCAGCCCGAUUUGGAGCAGUGCUCAAGGUCUGGCUAGUGGGAAAAGUCAAGUUUUCAAGUCAAUUACAGUCGAAAGUCCCGGCAUUUCGAUCAAAAACUCUCAUCAUAACCAGAAGGCUAGAAAAGCUCCAAAAAUGAUAUUUACGCUUUCAAAACGUUGGAAAAGUCUUUCUAGCGACUUUUUGUGGCUUUUCUGUCUGUUCUGUUCUCUUUAAAUACCUUUUCUCACCCAUAAACAGACCUUAACUCCAAACAGAGCUUUCAAUGAGACGAAACUCCGAAGAACUUAAAAAACUUUCUUUCGUCUCAAUGAAACACGGUUUGAAAUUAAACAAUUUUCAGACCACCGAAAAUUCUGAUAAUAAUACUCUCAAUGGCCAACAGUACAGAGCAGCGGCAGGCGAUUCGUCAAACCUGGGCCAAUCCGUUAGUUUCUACUGGAAUCGAGGUUUGGAGGCAAAAAUAAAUAUUAUGAUUGACCUUCGACAAUUUGAACGCUGUUCUGAGAAUUAAAGAUAUGUUAUGCCAAUUAAAAACUUCCAUAACUAAUAAAUUUUAACCCAACUUGAGGCGCAAAUUCAAAAAGAGCUCAUUUCCAAAAAUCGAGUAAUAUUUUCAGAACGGCACAGUUCUGAUCAACUUCAUCAUCUCAAACCCAUCAAGCGCUACAGAAUUGAAGAACUUGCAAGCCGAAGGUUUUCUAUUCGGUGACCUGGUCGUCACGGAUCUGCCAGAAAAAUACGACCUGCUCAAUUAUAAGGUACAUUCCCUUCAGAAGGGUUUUUUUAGAAUAUCUUGCAGCAUAAAGAGGUCUGAAUUAACAUUGAAAAUAAAUGCGUCCAAAAAUUGUUGAAUGGCCUAAAAAAUGACGCGUAAAAAGGCAAAUACUCUCAAAAACUUUCCUAAUCUUCAUUAAAAACUAAAAUAAUGUACUGAAAAACAACAGGUCUACUCGCUACUCAACUUCCAUCAAAAGUCCUGUCCAAAUGCUGAUUUCGUGAUGAAAAUCGACGAAGACGUCGUUUUGGACGUCGACAAAAUGCUCUAUUUUCUUCGGAAAGACCGAUCGGCCAAACUCGCCUCGAUAAGUUGCCGAGUUUGGGUGAAAGCGGCGCCGAAGCGAAAGCCCGACAGCAAAUGGUUAGUUCACCUCUUCGCUUAUUUCACUUCAAGAAAAACCGUACUGUUCUGUUGCAAAUUUCGCUUUCAGGAGGCUGAGCGCAAAAAAAGUCAGUGGUUGCGGAAGCUUAUUUUUCUGCCAUGUUUCAAUUUCAAAACUCUCGAAAAUUUAACUUCAAAAUUCUUUUCAUUUAUUCUAUUUCGAAGAAAGCUCACUGGCAAGAUACAAAUUUAGUCCUGAGCGGUCGAUAAUAAUACGAAAAACCGAAGUAAUAAGGAAAACUUUUUUUUUAUUCUUCAAAAAACAAAUUUUUUUGAUUUUACUCGUUAUCAAACUGAUAUAAGUAGAGAUUCCAAUUCCAAGAAGGCCUAAAAAAUUAAAAACUCAUGAGGUCAUGGAUUCUGAUCAUUAAUUAUGUUUUAAAUUCAAAUAAGAUCAAAAAAAUCGCUUUUUUUGAAAAAAAGAUCGGCCGCAAGUAGUCUAGCCCCACGUAUAAAAUGAUUCUCCCCCUUCCCAAUCCCUCGAAAUUCGCUUAAAUGAUCAAAGGUACAUGCCGUAUUCGCUGUGGGGCGCCAAGUACUACCCGACUUAUUGCGACGGGCCGCUCUACCUGAUUGGAAAAGAGGCCGUGGAGAAAAUACUCGACAAGGCGAAAAAAAUGUCCUCAUUUUCAAGAUGGAAGUGGGUUCCUGCUGAAUUUAAAUAAUAAUGUAUAAAAAAACACUCCAUUUUGUCAGAAAAAUUUCCCUAUUUUCAAACUGAAACAUUACAGGGUGUUUUUGUUGAAAAAUUCUUUAGAUUUUUCAGCUUCCAGAUCUUGCUCAUUAACACAUUGAAAAAAAAAUUACAUUCAAAUCAAAAUGUUUCACUUUUUUUCUGUUUGAAUCAUUUCUAUGAAAACUGCUAUUUUGCAUUAAAAAAAUCUUCUUUUAAAAAUAUCACUUUUUUCUCUAAUUAGAUGUGCCGAUUGAGCCAAUAAGAGCAAAAAAUAACGCGGUACAGAAACCGUUUCCAGGACGUUCUAUUCACUGGAAUCAUCGCAGAAAAGGCGAAAGUGCCAAGGAUCAAGUGGGACAAGCAUCUGAUUCAUCAGAACCCAGUAAGUUAUCACAAAGAAGCUAAUUAUAAAAAUAUGCUAAAAACUGUCUUAGAUGUACCAGAUGAAGAUCCUAGAUGUAAAAACUUGCGGAAAUCUCUAAAUUUUAUGAAAAAGUGCUCAAAGUCUGAAAUUGCUUUUAUUUUGCCGAUUUUUAUGGUCAGUCUUAGACUUUUUCUACGUCUUUGGGUUUAGGCUAGCUUGAAUAUUCUCCUCGAUUUUGAGCCUAUUAUCUCCAACUCUAGUAAUUUCUGCUAGCGAAUAUUCUACGGAUCUUCAUCAAGUUUGUUCUGGCCUACUUUCAAACAACUCUCAGCCAAAGAUAAAACUAACUUUCUCAUGAGGAUCGAAAUUGGAGAAGCUCUCAACAAUGUUUCCAGGAACUAUUUCGAGGACAAAGUCAAUGCGAGACGAUAAAGGGCCGCAAAAUAUCCUACUAUUUUGGUGCUCAUUCCUUGAAAGGACCGGAAAACGUCGAAAAAGGCUUCAAGCAACUUCAAAACAUGACUUGUGUAGUCCCUCAGAGAAAGCAAAGACCGGUUAGAGUAAAAAUUAAAACUUGAGAGAAUGGCUCAAAUCACAUUUUUAUAGGAAAAAAAUUGUUUUCGUCGUUUUAGGUAUGCAAAAUUCGCUUGUGUCAUAUUCAAUAAUAAAUUGUUUGAAUGUAUGUUUUUUGCUUUUCCAAAGAAAGUUUUUUGGCUCACCAAAAUAUUCGGAAGUUUUCCCUAUCUAGUUGACUUUUCUUCUAUUUUUUUUUUCCAUUAAUUUUAAAACCUAAAAAUACGGCUAAAAUUCAAAACAGAAGACGUAUUUAUGUAAUAAACGUCUAACAAGUAAGUUUGAAAUAGAGAAACUUUUGAGCCGUCGUUUUCUUUUUCUACAAGAUCAAACUCUGAACUUUUCCUCUAUGCUCAAACUUUAGGUUUAAAGUUCAUUCAUGCGUUUCGAAGUAUACGGCUUGAGAUAUUUAUCCAUAGAGCGAACACGUACUCAACGUACUUGGAGUGAGCGGCCGAAGUUUCCAAGAUGUUCUCAAGAUUUCAAGCUUCUUUUUCUAGCCUCCUCCUCCAUCUACUUCUUUUCCUUCACUCGAACCUCCAAUUAUCUUUUUUUUCAACAAUCAAACAACAAGAGAAUAAAUCUAAACAGGGCGAUUCUCUUCCAAAAACGCCAUUUCGCUGAGGGAGACCGACGGUUUGAUUGCCGAUUUUUUUCAAACGAUGCCUGCCGCAAGGUUUUUGUCGAGGAGGAAGUACCCGAUUUUCUUCCUUCUUUUUUUUUCUGCGGUCCGUCAGAAGGUCAAGGACAGAGAUUGUCCAGAGAAAGAUCUCGCAGCAAAUUAAAAGAGAAGCAACCCCUUUUUUUCGUCAAAUUACCAUCAAGGUUGAACCGUUUUGUUGUGAAAAAAAACAAUUUUCGUCCGAAUCGAAUUGAAUUGCAAAACCGCGAGGUUCAAACUAGAAACAAUUGCGAAAGGCUCGUUAUCAGCCGGUUUUUUUUUUCAAUCAAAACUUCCUCAUAUUUUGAAACUGUUGGAUUGACGCCUACAGGGUUUUGAAUUUUGAAAGAACUACAGUAAAAACGAAUCAAAAAGUGAAGUUCGGCAGAAACUCCAAAAAAAAAGCUGGAGUAAACACUUGGAUGAAAACCGUUUUGAAAUUAUUUUCUGCUCAAUAACUGCGGAGCUACCUGUUGAGUGUUCCUUUCGGACAUAAAAAGUUCCAUCCUAAGAAGAAAAAAAAUCGUGCACCUUUCAGGUGGCCACUCGACUGAUCCAUCAGCUCCUCUAGGAAAUUAUGGAUUUGAACAAGUUUUAUCUUUUUGUUAGAACUUUUUCAGAUAAUGAGCCAGCAAACCAGCUUUGAAGUGUUAACUAGGCGCUUUUAAAGAGGCUUUUAAAGAAGAAAUCAGAGUCUCGAACAUUUUCUUUAUCCUCUGGAAGAUGUUUUGAGUUCAUAAUUUUUCUGUCCUCUUUUCGCCCUUCUUGAUUAUCUCCUCAAGUGUUUCCUGAAGUUUCAUGAUGCAACUUGAAGCCAGAUCAACCUCUUCAAAUUUCCAUCAAGCAAUAUUUCAUGGAAAAAUCAGACGAUGGCAAAGAUCCAUGAGUUCAGGUAAAGUACUUUUGAAACAACAAAGUUAAACAAAAACUGUGAAACCUCAACCUCCUACUAACACAAAAAGCUACGUACUUCUAACUCCCCUUAAUAAACUUCGAGAUUUCCGGCUUUAAAUACACCCAGUGCAGCGCUUGAUUCUCCUAAUCUCUCUCUUGGAGAAGCGGAAAGAAAGAUUUUAUUUACCGAAAAAAGAUUCUUCGGGCGACCUUGAAGUCUCAUUUCAUUCUAUAACCUUGGGCCCGAAUGGAAUCAGAAAUAAAAACGGAAGCCGAUCUGAUGAUUGGAUUUCACAAAGAGAAACGAAAAAUCCAUUACUUUUUCUUGUUCUUCUCUUCCCAUUAGCACUUCAAUCCAUAAGGAAAAAGUGGAAAAAGACGAAAGUAUUGAAGAAAAUUACAACAAUCAAAGUUGUCCUUGAGGGGGGCAGGAACAAAAGCUUCAAAUUCCUUUUUGAAGUUACCAUCAGUGGCCUUUUUUCUCCAGAAAAAGUUACUUGGAACGGUCUUUUGUUGUUCCUUUCAUAAAAUCGACUGAUUUGACGACUUUUUAGAAAAAAAAUUGAAAUUUUUAUCGAAAGAUUGGAAUAAGGUGCUUCAAAAGCGCAAUCAAAAAAAUGGGGAAAAAUCGACAAAAUUUGAAAUCAUCUCAAUGAUCUUCCAAUUUUUCUCACACAAACUCGUUCACCUUAAAUUUAUGAGCUUCUUUUGCAGUAACUAUCAAAAAACAAACGGCGGGGAAGAACAGCAAAAAAAAAAAUAGACAUAAAAAUUUAAUUACUCAAAUUUAUACCGGUUAGUAUCAAAGUCGAGCGGAAGUAGUUCCAAAUCCGGGAGAAAAAUGGUUAUUUGAAGUUUGAGAAAGGCAGAGAAAUGUUGGCUAUUUGCCACUGAUAUAGAUUCUUGUCAAUCGACCGUUAGCUCGCCAAAAAAAAAUCCUAGAUUACUGUAUGGUCUUUCUUCCGCUUCGGAACCGAAUCCUAGAAGGUACACAGCUUGUGAAACGUUUUGUACUGAGAACCUUCCACCCAAGCUAGCGAGCUUAUUCAUCAUUCUUUCUCAGUCAAUAUCAUCAUCAGAAAAAGGUAAUAUCGACUCGAGGUGAAGAAGUUCUUCUUCUCUCUUUGCUAGAGACUGAGAUAGUACCUCGAUCGUGUAUGGUUUUUUUCAUGGUCUAUUUUUCGAAAGCUCAUGCUCCUUUAAUAUUUAUGGAAAGCUAGUCAGUGUCCCACUAAUUAACAUCAUCAGAAAAAGGUAAUCUCGACUCAAUGUAAAAACAGGUUUUUUGUUCUCUCUUGGCCAGGGUGUGGACCAAGAUGCUACCUUGGCCUUAUGCCACGCCCACUUCCUUCACCGCUACACGUAGGACGUGGAGAGCUAUAAAAGGCAAGUGACUGGGGAGGGUCUCGCAUCGUCGGAUCGAAAGAUGUUCGAGGAGAAGCUUCUGGUUGGCAUCGCUUCGGCGGCGUCGACUCUCGCCGUCAUCACCUGCCUUGUCGUCAUCCCUUCCCUCUACAGCACCAUCAACGAGGUCCAUGAUGAGGUAAGAGAUUCCUGACUACAGUGCUUUCCCCUCACCGGAGAAAAAAAAAAUGGAAGUGUUUUAGAGCUUCUAGUUACCUCGAAAAAAAACCCAAAUAAAGGUCUGAAAUGUCUAAACUGUGAGUAGGUGGCUGAACUAAUAUUCGACACAAGACCUCAAACUUCGUCCAAUUUUUUUUGCUCAAAAGGUUCCUGCGUUACUUUUGUGAUCCCUUAAGGCCGUCUCACGAAGAUAGAUAAGCCAUUAAGUAGGUUUGAAGGUUUGCUAGGUCUACUUAGGUAUUCCUUUCAAGUAAACCUCCAUUUGCGCAUUUUUUUAGAAACAGAAAAAAAUCCAGUGAGAUAAAGUUUCAGAGUCUUCUUUUUUUGGUUUUCAAUUCUCCAAGCACAUUGUUUUUACAAUCAGUCGUUUUCCCAAAUUUUCCAUUUCAUUUUGUCAGUAAUAUAAAUCAUGAUUUUUUUGAUUCUUUUUUUCAUGAUCUAGCAAUCUCAAUAGUACAAUUAAAUUCAAAACUGUUCUUUAGCUAAGAACAUCAUUUUGAGAAUGAAAACUGUCAAAAAUGCUCAUUUUUGCCUUUUUAUCCGAUAUCAGAAGGAUUUCUCGAUUUACACUGUUUGACCGCUUUCUACUUCACUCAUAGCUCUUCUUUACUUCUUGCUGAUUCUGAAGCUUCGCAAUUCAGGUCAUCGACGGCGUGAACGUGUUCCGCGUCGAGACCGACGCCGCCUGGACGGAGAUGCUCGACGUGCAGGUCACCGUCUCGCCGCCCAGCCGCCCACGCGAGAACCCCUUCAACAGCGUCUUCCGUCAGAAGCGUGGACAGUUCUCCGGCCUGCCAUCGUUCUGCCAGUGCGAGCCAGCCAAGCCACGCUGCCCACCAGGACCUCCAGGACCACCAGGACGAGCUGGAGCUCCAGGUAAAAUCUCAGAAACGACUGCUAUUACUUGGUGAAGUUUCCAAUAGGAUAAGAAUCACCAGACGCAGUAGUGAAAAAAAUUUACCUACGAAAAUAGCGCCACUGAACGUUCUUAGCUAACUUUUUCGACCUGCUCAAAUGUAUCUGCCUCAAAACUCUCUUAUGAUCGGAGAGCCAGAUCUUUAGCUGAAAUUUACGACUUUUUUAAAAUUCUAAAAACGUUUUGCUUAAAUUUCUAUGGCUUGAUACGUUGCAGAAAACUAUUAGUUCUGCAAACAAAAGUAUUUUUUCUUAGGGACGUAAAUCAAUCAAAAAGCAAAUAUAACUUUUCGAGCUUCAAAUCUGACUUUCUCUAUCUUUCAGGAACCCCAGGACAGCCGGGUCGCCCAGGAGCCGACAACUUCGAGAGAGUCCACGUCGACCCAUGCGUGCAACACUUUGAUGGAUGCGUCAAGUGCCCAGCGGGAGCUCCAGGACCAGCCGGACGAGCUGGACCAGCCGGACCGGCAGGACGACCAGGAUCGGCAGGACAGCCAGGACGUCGCGGAAACGACGGCCGACCAGGCAGCCCAGGACCAAUGGGCUCCGCCGGAGCUCCAGGACAGCCAGGCCGCCCAGGAGGCCCAGGACAGCCAGGAAAGGACGGACGCCGAGGACGUGGUGCUGCUGGAGCGCCAGGACGCGAUGGAAACGCUGGACCAGCUGGACGGGCCGGAGCGCCAGGAAGAGCCGGAGCUCCAGGAGCUCAGGGAGGACCAGGACCCGCCGGAAGACCUGGAGCGCCAGGAAGCCGCGGAGGCAACGGUCAGCCAGGCCGCAACGGAGGAGUCGGACUCCCAGGACACGACGCCGCCUACUGCGCCUGCCCACCACGCGCCACCUACUUUGGCCGAAACCGCGCCUAA